GGGAUCCACUAUCAGGUGAUUUGGCUGUCAGAGACAUCACAGCUACUGGAGUUACUGUAGCUCCUGAUUCAGAGGUUCAGUAGCGGCAGUUUUCUGCAGUGAGACCAGUUGUGAGCCCAGAUGACCCAGAGGAGAGGUACUCAGUGGUGGUGUGCUGUGCUGCUGUGCUGUACAGGGCUGUGGUCAUGGCUUCACCCAGAGACACUGAGCCAGGCUUCAGCCGUCAACCUGCGGCGCUUCAUUGGCUGUGCCGUCCGGGAGUUCACCUUCCUGGCCAGGAAACCAGGCUGUGGAGGGCUGCACAUCACCACCGACGCCUGCUGGGGACGCUGUGAGACCUGGGAGAAGCCUGUCCUGGACCCUCCCUACAUAGAGUCAUACCAGCGUGUGUGUACCUACAACGAGACCCGCCUGGUGACGGUGCGGCUGCCUAACUGCUCAGCCAACGUGGACCCCAUGUACACCUACCCUGUAGCCCUGAGGUGUGACUGUGGAGUGUGCCUGACCAGUACCACUGAGUGCAUCACCUCUGUCUGACUGCAGCACCAUCACUGGCACUGGACAGGGAGAGCAGCAGCGCUGGACGUUUACUCUAUGGAGAGAAUGGAAAUCCCCUUUCUAUUUCAAGUCAUUAUACAACUUGGAAAAACUUGAAACAUGUUAAUA